AUGGAAGAAGCGCUUCACGACGUAGAGCGCGCAGCCGACGUCGCGUUACACACGAUCAUAGGGCUCAAAAGGCGCAUAUCCGCGCGGCUGGAUGCCCCGGAUGUUCAUUUAAUCCACGAGGAGCUUAUCGAGCUGACCAACCUGUUGAAUCCUGUCAGCCAACUUCACACGAAAACAUUUUCUGGGACAGCGAAACAGGACCUUGCCAUUCUUAGAGCUAUUUACCGAGACAUUCGCGCGAUCCUGAAAUGUUUCGAAAAUGUGCGGGAAAUCUACCCUGUCAACGAAGGCGACCGACGGAGCGACCCGGGACUAUCGUCGAGUCCAGAUCCAAGUGCCGAGAUGCUAGUGAGGAGGCCCAUUAAGGAACGUAUAAACCACAUUGCUCGACACCUCAGAGAAUGCCGCCUCUCAUUACUGUCCAAGCUAGUCGUUCUCAAUACUGUCAAGUCUAUAGAAACCUACCCCGAUGAGGACUCAUUGGGCCAGAUUACCGGGACGGUAUAUAACAACCAAGAACUCCCUAGCUCUUCACCGUCGGUGGUCACAGAACUGCCUGAAGACGAUCAGCACUCAUUGGAUUGGCCCGAAGAGAAGAGUGUCCCGCAUGAGAUCGACAAUGAAAAGUAUCUUUCCUCUGAGAUGUUCCCGGUGUUUAAACAUUUGCGUCAGGAAACAUUACGAAGCGGCCCCUCAAAACAUGGCAUCCCGAGUGAUAUUCCGCAGUCACCACGAUCUCCAAGCAUGCACCAGCUUGCUCUGUCCGAGAUGCGUUACGUACGAUCCAAGGAGAAGGAGUCCUAUUUCCAACAUCUCGACCAAGCCUUCUCAAAGAUUACUCACAGCCCGGCCGUCAGUGAGCGUGGGACUCGGCCUUUCUCGGUGCAAGGACAACCACAAUAUGGCGGGUCGAUGUGCAGUCCGCGCUGCCGCUGUCGUUGUCACUCGAACCGGAGCGUCGCUCGCCUCAGUCUGUCUGCCUUCGCAAGUAGCCUCGGAGCCUUAUGUUUCUCAUUCACAGGUCCAAACCCCGGCACCUCCGCUUGUACAGACACAUCGUGUCGAGCGCGCCGCGCGAGGUGGCUCAGGAUAACAUACGUGUUUCCCUCUUGGCUGUUCCAGGCGGCGAUAACAGCUUCGUUCACCGACGGCAUUGGGUCUCCCGAGCUCCUCAUCAGGGUGUGUAGGGUUCUCUCUUCCCGUUCAUUAGACGGCUACUACAAUAUUUUUGGAUAUAUCAGCCGCAAGGAUGUCGAAAAAGUCAAAGAGGCCGUAUUGAGAAGGCAUGUGGCCGUCACAGAUGUUCUUGAUACUGGCAUGACACCAAUUGGGUUCGCUAUCCGGCAUUUCAGCAUUCCUAUGGUCCAGUUCUUGCUACAAGAAGGCGCCGACCUCUUUCAAGAGGGGCCAACUGGUGUGGCUCCACCAGGAUUUAUGAUGGCCCUCGAGAAGAUCUACACGGAUCCGAAUGUACCAAAGUCUGACCGCUCCCUCCUCGAGGAACUCCUACCUCUGGACAUGGUGAUUGAGAUGGCUGGACUCUCACCUUUGCAUAAGGUGGUCCUUGGGAUCCGGUGCUUAGACUUAGGAGAGCUUUUGAAGCUGAACCUUUGCCCCGUCGACAAGCUGGACUACUCUGGCAGGACAGCCCUACAUUGGGCAGCUGCGAAAGGCGACAUAAAAGCAAUUCAACAGUUACUGGACGCGGGCGCGCAAAUCGAGUGCAAGACCCGCAUGCGUUCCGAGAGCCCGCUGAUGAUUGCAUGCCGCAUCGGUGCAAGCCCGGAAGCAGUCAGGGUGCUACUGGCCGCCGGGGCGGAUGUGAAUACCAGGGACUCUUACGAGCAAACACCGCUCUGCCUCACAGCGGGUGCACCUGGCAACCGCAUUGAAAUUGCGGCUGCUCUGUUGGAUGCAGGGACCGACGUCAAUUGGGAGGAAGGGCAUGCGUUUGCAACGCCGCUGGACUUUGCUUGUUGUACCCAUAACGUUGAAAUGGUGGAGUUCUUGAUCUCAGCUGGUGCAAAUGUCAGCCAUCACGACCGCGACGGGUCCACACCGCUCAUGAAUGCAGUAGUGUACCACGCAUGUAAUACGGCAUCGGUCCUCCUGCAACAUGGAGUUGAUGUCCGUGACAUCGAUAACGAGGGGAAGACCGUGCUACACUGUAUCGCUGAAGUAUCAAACGAGGAUAUGAUGGCGGUCUUCGCCACAACCGACCCUUCGUGUUCAGUGGACCCGGAGCAGCAAGAUAAUAACGGUAGAACGCCUUUAGAUACUUUUGACCAAAGAACGAUCAGUGCGCCUCUCGAGCUAAGGGAGAAAUUCGUGGGGCUCCUGCAGCUGUUCUCUAAAAGAUUCAAAGACAAUCCUGGCAUUGAGGAGGAAGAGGUUGAUACAGAAGAGUUCUUUGACGCGUCGGAAAAGUGGGACGAAGCACACAAGCACGAUAGCAACAGAUAA